UCGAUUUUCGUUUUUCAUAAUCGAUUCCUUUUAUUGAGUUUGGUUCUUCUUCUUGAGAUUACUUCUUCUUUCAUUUACAAGUUUGAGUAUCACAAUGAGUAAUGUAUCAUCCAAUUCCACUGAAUCUAGUUUGCAGGGAAGAGGAAGGGCUAUCGGUGUGCCAAAGAGAUGUUGGUGCGGAGAAGGAAUCAUAUCUUUGAUAUCGAAGUCUGAUUCCAACCCUUACAGGAGAUAUUAUCGGUGUCAAUUUGCCGUAGCUAAUAAGCUUAGGAAUGAUGAACACACUUUCAAAUGGGUGGAUGAGGCAUUUGUCAAUGAGAUAGACACAUUGAAUGCAAAGAAUGCUGACCUUGAGAAGCAGCUGAAAGAGAUCAGAACAUAG